AAUAGUGAUAGUUGACAGCAGGCGAGCAAAGACAAGAGGUGAGGGAGAUCAGUACUGGCGAAGCAGACAGAGGAAUUUCUUCUUCUCAGGGGAGUUUCAGAGGUGCGUGUGAAAACCGCCCUGUGCUGCUGAAUGGUUGACUGAGCUGUGUAGAAACAUCUAUAGUGCACAUUUAAAUCCAGCACCUAACAUCCUAGUUGGAGUGUAAUCUGGUGUGAUGGCAGAGGGCGGUGUGGGCACAUGCCCCCAGGUGUUCGUGGUGGACAGACAAGCGAGCUACAUCUCCCAGCCCAGCGGGAAGGGUUCGAGAUGGCCGAGAGUGAGCCAAAAGUUCCUUCUGCUGCUGGUGGGACUCACACUGUUGGGAGUUGUUGUCGAGGGAUGUUUCAUCUACAGACUAUACAAAAAAACGGAGGAAUUUUCCCUCUGUAAGUAUCAUCCUCUCUGCCAGAACCUGUCCCAUCCCCAAACAUCUGGCCAGCAGGGUGGCGCCAUAAUGAGACAAGUGGGACCUAAAGAGUCCAAUGAGAUUCCCACAGUGCCACCACAUCUGGAUCAGGUCCAACAGAAGCCCUUUGCUCAUCUGACAGGCUCCACCAAUACAAUAGUGGAGAACAAAGUGGUGGUGUGGGUAGAUGUCGUCACCCACAGCAUGGUCUACAACGGCCAUGGCCGGUUGUCGGUGGAGAAGGAGGGCUACUACUACCUCUACUCCAAAUUGACAUUAAAUGCUGCAGAGGAGUGUUCGGUUAUCCAGCACAAGGUCAUGAAAGACACCAGUGCCUACAACAACUUUCCUAUAGUGCUUAUGAGAUCAAAAAGUAACCGCUGCUACACCCAGACUCGCUCCAAGGCUUCAGGCGGGGAGGAUCUGUGGAACAGUUUUCUGGCUGGGAUCUUUCUCCUGCAGAGUGGAGAUAAAAUUUAUGUCACAUUGGAAAAUAUUACCAAGAUUCACCCAGGACUUCCUGACAAUUUCAUGGGGGCCUUCAUGAUAUCUCCAGCCAAUAUUCUGCAAUAAUGCCUCCCUCCCACAUUGUGAUCAGAUUCUAUACCACUCUGUGUUAUGUAAUUCAAUAUAUAUAAUCUAAAUUAUACCGUACUCAGUUAAUGGACUUGAAUCCUUUAUAAAAAAGCGACAAAUGGUUGUGAUGUCAUAAAAAAGUAUCUGAUAUUCAGAUUAUAUAAUCCUACAAUGUUGCAUAUUUUGUGUGAAUAAAAUACGGUUUCUUAUCAAACAAGUGUGAGGUGGCUUGAGCUCCUGAUAAGGUCAUAGCUUGAACAGGUAUCAAGAGAAACACGCUUUAAACAAAUAUUCUGUUGUCGAUACGGAACAGAUUUCUUUGCUGCCCAGGUGAUAAACAGUGCAAAACAAACAGAGGACUCUUUUUGAAGCAGUUUUGAUAGCUUCAGCACAAUGAGACUAACCACAUAACAUGGUUGCAUAGCAUACACCAACACCUCUCUCACUGUGUUUGUGUAUGUGUGUGAGAAGAGCAGGAUGUGGUUGUGUAAGGAUGCACUGAGGAGAGG